CAGUUGAAUUUCUUUCCACCCAGGCCAGAGUCUGCGCCGUGUCUGUAUCUGUGUCUGAUAAUCCAGCGAGAUUUUAGAGGCUGUUGCGCACAAGAAACACAUGAUCCGAUUAAUAUCAGACUCUCCCUCACCUGUAAGGACACCCAGAUAAACACCAGGAGUGGAAAAGACGCUCAUUUGUACUAAACCGAGUGUUGUUUGGGGAGGUGAGGGAGGGGGGGAUUUUUGUGAGCUGAAGAUGAGGUUGCCGGACUGCAGAAAGCGAUGCGGGAUGGAUGGAGAGGAUGGAGAAAAAGAGCUGGCUCUUCUUAAAAACCCGUUUGUACACGAGUUAAGGUUUACACCACUCCAGACACUCAAGCUGGGUGUGAUGACGUUGACCCUGUUUCCUGUGCGCCUCUUCUUUGCUGCGUUCAUGAUGCUAUUGGCAUGGCCCUUCGCCUUUAUCGCCACCGUAGGACGCAGCGAGAUCAUCGUGGAGCAUCAGUGCCUGUGGAGGAGGGUGGUGGACGUCAUUCUGCGCCUCAUCAUGCGGGCCAUGUGGUUUGCAGGUGGCUUCCACUGGAUCAGGGUCAAAGGUUGCCGGGCACUGCCUGCACAGGCACCCAUCAUCACCCUUGCACCACACUCAUCCUACUUUGACGCCAUGCCUGUUACCAUGACUAUGGCCUCCAUAGUCAUGAAGGCUGAGAGCAAGGACAUACCACUGUGGGGGACCCUGAUAAAGUACAUCCGGCCCGUGUUUGUGUCGAGGUCGGAUCAGGACUCGCGCCGGAAAACAGUAGAGGAGAUCAAACGCAGGGCUCAGUCUGGAGGGGUGUGGCCUCAGAUAAUGAUCUUUCCUGAGGGGACAUGCACCAACAGGUCCUGUCUCAUCACAUUUAAACCAGGUGCUUUUAUUCCAGCAGUGCCUGUACAGCCGGCUGUUCUUCGUUACUCCAAUCCGCUGGACACGAUAACUUGGACGUGGCAAGGUCCAGGAGCGUUUAAGAUUCUUUGGCUCACUCUUUGCCAACUCCAUAAUGAUCUUGAGAUUGAGUUCCUCCCAAUCUACACCCCCAGUGAGGAGGAGUCGAGGAACCCACAACUGUUUGCUCAGAAUGUGCGCCGGAUCAUGGCCAAGGCGCUGCAUGUCCCGGUGACUGAUUACUCAUUUGAGGAUUGUCAGUUGGCCAUGGCGGAGGGACAGCUCAGACUACCGGUGGACACAAGUAUGCUGGAGUUUGCAAGACUCGUCCGGAGACUGGGGCUGAAGCGUGAGAACAGUGAGAUUGAAGAUUACAGACGGAGGGCCCUCAAACUACAGGGAAUGAAGCAGAAUGUGGAGCAGUUUGCUCUGUUCCUGGGGCAGCCGCUGUCCCCUGUGCUGCAGGACAUGUUCGCCCUGUUUGACGAGCAUGACGAGGGCUUAAUGGACGUGCGUGAGCUCGUCAUCGCCUUUUCCGUAGUGUGCAGGCCCACCAAAACUUUGGAGACCAUCAAACUCGCUUUUACGAUGUUUGAGGAUGAGCAAAAUGGAGGAGUGACUGAGGAGGAACUGGAAUGUAUCCUGCAUACAGCUCUGGGAGUGACGGAGCUUAAAGUGUCAAGACUUUUCCGUGCCGUUGACGUAAUAAACGCCGGAAAAGUGACGUUUGAGAUGUUCAGGAGUUUUGCUGAGCAGCAGCCUGAUUUUGCAGAGGAGUUUCUCUAUGCUGAGAACACAGGCUUCUUCAGCAACUUUCUUUCGUCUGGCAUCGCUUCGAAUGGAUUUUGCCCUGACUUCUCCCCCAACGAGCACCAGAAGAAGGUCAAAUAAAGAACAUCAGGUCCUGAUGGAAAAACAGCCAGUUCUUUUAUUUCUUUUUUUUCCUCCUCCCUGCUUCCUCCCCACGCCCCCAAAUCCACCCCUUUUUUUUUUUCCUUUUAAUCAAACCUCUUCUGAAGGGUUGAUUUUAUUGCAUCCAACAACCAAUGAAAGGAUCUCUUAAAAACAUGUUUAACGAUUACCAAAAUCCUGGAAGGAAAAAAACACAAAUUGUAUAUAUUCAAUUUUUAGCUAGCAAUUUUUUUUAGUUGUUGGUCAUGGUCACUAAAAUAUCUUUGAAGGAAAUACAUUUGUUUUUUAUUAA